GGAAAGUAUGCGGUGAAUUGCCGCCUUCAGUCCUUAACUGACAAAGGCACACAGUCCCGCAUUAAUAUCUUUUUCUUCUUGCUUUUUUCUUUGUCAUUUGGUCUGAUCAAGAGAGAAAAUCUGAGACGGUGAGAGAAAUUUACGCGUUUAUUGAAGGAGAAGAAAGAAAAAUCGAUGGACAUUUGAAAUCAAGAAAAAAGAAGAAAAAAAAUGGUCUUGUUCGGGGUUGAAGAAAGAGAAAGUCGGGAUUCUGUUAGGGAGAGGGGCAACCAAGAAAUGGUGACGAAAAGCGAAGAUGGUGGUUUGGGCCCAAGUGGGUUGAGGCCGGAAAUGGAGAUUGACAAGGAAAAUGGAGAUUAUUCUGAAAAAGAUGAAGGCUUGGUGGGUGGCGAAUGUGAAAAUAGAAUAACAUUUGUGGGCGCUGGUGAAAUUAGUGAAGAAGUUGGGGGUUACAACAAAGAAUUGCCGCCGGCCGACGAUGUUUGCCCGAUCUGUUUCGAUAGGUUUUCCAUUCCCUGCAGAUCAAAUUGUGGUCACUGGUUUUGUGCAAACUGCAUCUUGCAGUUUUGGAUGUUGAAAUCCUCGUUUGGGCCGUGCAAAUGCCCCUUUUGCUAUACUCAGAUAAUUAAUCUCAAACCCGAAACAUCUUCACCUACACAAACAUCGGAUGACGCCAUUCAAGUCCUUAAGAAAGUGCAUCAAUAUAACAGCCUCUACGUUAGUGGGCCUCUUGGCGUAUUCCCCAGACUACUAACUUUGCGACUCUUCAUGCGGAGAGCAUUGGAUCCCGAUGGCUUGAGAUGCAUCUAUUAUGGAAUGCGGCUUCUUGGGUUUUCCCUUUCUCAGUUGUUGUUGGCUUUCGUGUACGAAAAAUGGGAGUUUGAGUUUGUACCCACUGGGGGGCUUGGGAUUCAAAGGACGUUUGAUUUGUGCGCUACUCUCCUAAUUCUGACCCUCUUUUUCAUAGGCUUAGGGUAUAGGUUUGUGCUAAGGGGACGCGUGAGGCAUAUGGGUGUCAUGCCGGUGACGAAGAGCGGGCUGAGCCUGAGGGAGAGCGACGAGAGAGAUAGAAAGACGUUGAGAUGCAGAUGCCUGAUGCGUGAGAUUGACAAAAAUGAAGGAAUUAGAAUGUUAGUAGGACUCCAAGAUCAGCCCAAGUCUUCUAGAAGGAUUGCUCUCCAAGCUGCUCUCGGCCAAUUAUUUGUUCCCAGUGAACCUCCAGGGUCUAUCCCAUACGUACCGGUCUGUGUGUUGUCCCUCGUAAGUCGUCCCGUCAUCGCGUGGUCGCCCGAAACUCUCAACCCGCAGCGCGAUGGACGCGCUGCCCCAUCCACACGACUCGUGCUUUUGCUACGCAUCUGCCGGUCGCAUCUGCUCGUCAUCUAUCUGCUCGGCUACGGGUCUGCUGCCUCUUGCUGUCUUGCGUAG